UGUAGAUUGUAUGUUAUAUGUUGUAGUUAUGUAUUAAUUUAUAUUUAGUUGUGACAUGUACCAAGUAUCAUAACGGGUGCUCAUUUACUCACUUACUCCCUUACUUACUUACUCGCUUAUCCACUUAUCCACUUAUCCACUUAUCCACUUAUCCACUUAUCCAUUUAUCCACUUAUCCAGUUAUCCACUUAUCCACUUAUUCACUUACCCACUUACCCACUUACUCACUUACUCAUUCACUCACUCAAUCACUCAUUCACUCACUGACUCACAUCAUAGACUUUUUUCCUGCUAUUCAAUGUGACGAUAAGCUUACGCACUUCCAAGUUAAUCAAGAAUGGAGAAUUAUGUAUCGCACACCCUAAUUAUUACAAAAAAAAAAAACUGAAUGUAUAAACCUGCUUUAAACUAUCUGAACAUAUACACUACAUAGACACUACAUACUUACUCAUUUACCAGCUAGUCAUGUCUCCCAAAAAGGCAAAAUCUAAAACAGAAAAUAAGUUCGUUAUUCGAAAUUUUGUACUAACCAACAACUUCGAGCAUCCUCAAACUCGAAAUCUUUACAAUUUCUUAGCCAUCGUCUUCAUCUGUUUUUCUGUGCACACACUAGGAAAAGAGUAUUUCAUAACAGGAAGAAUAACUUUAGGAUUUGGACACAUAAGGCAAUUCUUCUUACAUUUCGACAAAGCCAUCUACCUUUGGUUGUGUAGCUUUGCAUCAGUUUGUGAAGUAUUCUACGUUUUCAAAAUGUGGUUAAUUCUUACAACGUUUGCCAAAGGACGAACCACGAUUUUGUAUUGGUUCGGACAUUGAUUAAAUACAUAUGUAUUUAAUCAAUGGUUCGGAGCAACAUGUUUGGUUUUGUACUAUUUUUACAGCUUGAAGUUAAUUACUUAUGCAAUACGCCAUAUUGGGUUCAAGAUGGGUAGCACUGCUUUUCUUACUUGUGAACAGUCACGGCUUUUAAUGAAAGUGCACGCAUUUGUGAGAAGCAAAAUUUCCAGUGAACCUCCUGGUUUAUCUUUUUCUAAAUAUCUAUACUUCCUUUUCGCUCCUACCCUCAUCUAUAGAGACAUGUACCCUCGAACGAACACCAUCAACUGGAAAUUUGUUGUUCAAUGUCUUCUCGAAUCGAGUACUCACUUUUUGUGCAAUGAACGCUUUUCCAUCUCCGGAAAGACUGGCACAAAAGCAUACGAUAAAGGAUCUAUUCUUCGAAAUGGCAGACAAAAUUUUUCUAAUGCCAUUGACUUUGACCGGUUACUUCAUGUAUAUUCAUAAUGUACAAAAUUUAUUUGCCGAGAUUCUGCGAUUCGGUGACCGUUUAUUCUAUUUAGAUUGGUGGAACGAACAUGAUUUUAAUGCUUGGUUGUUAAAAUGGAACAUAAUCGUGCAGGAUUGGUUGUACUAUUACAUUUACCGUGAUUUCAAGGAAUAUGUUUGUGACAAUAAUUUUAUUGCUCGAGUGGUGGUGUUUUUGUUUUCUUUUAUGAUGCAUGAGUGGAUUGUGUAUUGCCUCAUUGGUGGAUUUUUCCCUAUAAUAUUUGCAUUUAUUCUCGUGUUGUUCUCUCUGUCGUAUUUUGAAUUGCCUAAGAACAAUAUUUGUAAUGUUCUUCUGAUGUGUUUCGCUAUUCUCUCAUUUGAGAUCAUCACGCUCGGGUGAGGUAUGGAAUGGUAUGCCCUUUCAACAAGCCCCUUGAUAAACCCAACGCUUUGGGAAAAACUUCUUCCUAGAUUCCUAACGUGUGACUGCAUAUUAAAAAUCUAGCAUGUGUAUUGUAUUACAUAUGUUAACAACUUCUGAUAAACAUUAUCUCUAAAUACGUUAUGAUUUAGUCACUUUUAAUUUUAAUUAAUCUUUUUUUAUUGGGAGGGGAUUUCAAUUAUUGUUAGCAUUUGGCACUAAACACUCUCUGUAAAAGAGAAUAAGUCAUAUUUAUAAUAAAAGUUUAAAAACCAGUCAUUUUAUCAUUACCGUUAUCAAA